AUGUACGACUGGACUUACUGGAUUCUAAUGGAAAGGCAGAACUGCAGUGAGGCAGACCUUUUGUCUCCGUUCAUCAACACAUCUCUGCCAAAGCUUCAAAAGAAACAAAAUACUUUGGGCAUUUUUAAUGCUCACAUUGUAAUGUUACAAGAAAAAUUUGGCCUGAAGCAAAGGAUCCAUGUUCUUAAAUCUCAUGCAGCGGCGCCGGGCCUUGCCCUGCCCGGCCCGGCCCAGCCCAGCCCCGCGGGGGCCCCACUCCCCUCGGCUCCCGCCGCCGCGGCGGAGCGCGCUUGCGCCACCGCUGCCACGCGGCCUCCCGGCUGCUCCGGUCUCGCCAUGUCCGCUCCCUCCUCUGCGGUCGCCCUGCGGCCAGUCACUCACCUCAUCUUUGACAUGGACGGUCUCCUGCUGGAUACUGAACGUCUCUAUACAGUAGUGUUUGAAGAGAUCUGUGGGCGUUUUGGAAAGACGUAUACCUGGGAUGUAAAAUCAUUGGUCAUGGGUAAAAAAGCCCUUGAGGGAGCAGAGAUUAUUCGAGAUGUUCUAGAUCUUCCAAUAACCAAAGAAGAACUAUUACAUGAAAGUAAAACGAAGCAGGAGAAGAUAUUCCAUACUGCUGAAUUGAUGCCAGGAGUUGAUAAGCUGAUCCGCCAUUUACACAAACACAACGUACCCAUAGCUGUUGCCACCAGCUCAGCUGAAGCCACGUUUCAGAUGAAAACAACCAGACACAAAGACUUCUUUUCUCUUUUUCAUCAUAUUGUGUUGGGAGAUGACCCUGAGGUGAAGCAUGGCAAGCCAAAUCCUGAUGCAUUUCUAGUUUGUGCUAAGAGAUUUCAUCCUUCUGCACCUCCAGAGAAGUGUCUUGUGUUUGAAGAUUCACCACUUGGAGUCAAAGGAGCCCUGGCAGCAGGAAUGCAAGUGGUUAUGGUUCCAGAUGAAAAAUUAAAUCCAGAUCUUAAAAAGGAGGCAACACUACUGCUGAACUCCAUGGAGGAUUUCAAACCAGAACUAUUUGGUUUACCAGCAUAUGAUUAA